CGAUAAAACUGGAUAAAACGGAUAAAACGUACAACGUACAACUUACAACACGUGUUAUCACGUAACCAAAUUAUUCUUUUAUACAAUUAUAAAAUAUCAAUUUCAUUAUUUUUUAAUUCAUUUAUUUAAUAUUACAAUACUGAUUAAAUUAAAACAAUGCCACGAUCCACUAGAGAAUCAUCAGAUGAUGAAAACGAAGUUAAAAAUCCUGGACGACGAACAAAAACGGUAGUCAGCAGCAGUCUUAAUACUAUAAUUGAUUCACCAUUACGCCGGAGUACGAGAAAUAAACAACAAACUAUUUCUCCUCCUGAAUCAAAUGAUAUCAAUGAUGCUUCAUCAACAUCAACAUCAACCUCAAUCUCAACGGUCUCGGCACCAAUUAGUUCACUACAGUCAGGAAGAAAUACCCGACGAAGAACGAUAACAACAAUACCGGAAUCAACAACUAUUUCAGAGUCGUUAUUAUCAUCAACUCGAUCAUUACGAUCAAGAAAAACUUCAACGACUUCAACGACUUCAACGACUUCAAUGGAUAACCUUUUCAUGGCAGAUCCUGUUGUCGUUGUGACAGACUGUGAAUCACUAAAAGAUUCUGGUAAAUCUCGUGUUACCCGAAAAAGUAUUUCAACAACAACAACAGCAGCAGCUACAGGAACAAAAUCUGUUUCAUCUGUGGAUACACCACCCACUACUCGAUUAAGGCGUUGCAUGAGAGCUGGAUCAGAAUCAAAAACUAUGUCACCUAGUAACAAUGUAAGAAUAACUCGGAGAACUAGAGCGAGCUCAGUUGAUUUGGAAGAACAGCGUAAUGAGGUAAAACCAAUAACUUAUAAUACUAAUAAUAGUAGUAAUAAUUGUACUCCUGUUAAAACACGAAAACGGGCUUCUGUUAUUCCAUCGGAACCUUCAGUUGUAGAAGAGAUUGAAAAUACUUCACAAACUAAUAAUUGUAUACCAUUAUCUAAUGCAUCAAUAAUAGAAACAGUAGAAACAAUUGUUAAUACAAAUAAUGAUAAUUUAUCACCAUCUACUGAUAAUAAUUAUAUUCUUGAUAUUAUUACUAACCAAGAAAAAAAAAUUGAGAAUAAUUAUUGUCAAGAAAGUGUUAAUAACAAUAAAUUUACUGAAAAUAACUACUAUAAAAUUAAAGAUAAUAAUGAUUGUACCGUUAAUCAAGAAAAAUUAUCAUCAUCUCCUGUGUUACAAAUAAAUAUUAGUGAAGAUAAAACUCAAGAAUUAGAUCAAGAAACAACAAUAAUUAAUGAUUUUGAAAAAUUACCAUCAUCCUUGUCACCUGUUGUUGUACUAGAAAUAAAAUCACCAAUUAAACAAAAUGAUAAUUUAAUAAAUGAUGAAACAACAUCAAAAAUAAUAAAUCAUGAUGAUAAUAAAUCAUUAUAUUUUAAAACAUCAACUAUAAUUAAUUCAGAUAACUAUCAUAAAGAAACUCUUUCAAUACCGGAUAUUAAUAAUAAAAAUGAUAAUUUAAAUGAUGAAAGUAAUAAAAGCUUUUCUUUAGAAAAAAGCCCAGGAAAUAAAGAAAAUGUUGAUAAUAAAAAUGAAUUUUCUGAUUCAGUUAUAUUAUUAGAAAAUAAAUUUAAAAAAACUACAUCACAAAUUAUACCAUCAGUACGUAAAUCAUUGAAUAUAUUAAGUGAUAAUGAAAAAAUAGAAGCAUCUCUUGUCGUUAAUAAAAGACUCAAUAAAUCUUUAGAAAUUAAUCCAUUAUCGACUGAUGAGUCAAAUUUAUUACCAUUAAUUCCCAAUGAUACUAAUAAAUCAUCCGAACCAUUAGAUUCAGUUAAAUCAACAACUAAUAAUGUAAUGCUAACAACAACAACUACAACAAUAAUUGCUGAUUCUAAUGAUAAUAUACAAAUAAAUGAACAAGAAAAUGAUUUAAACUCUUCUCAUAAUAAUAACAAUAACAAUGAAAAUUAUAGCAAUGAACAAGUUAUUUUGAAAUCAACUGAUGAACAAGAUGACUUUAAUUUAACUUGUUAUUCACCAAUGUCAAAAGAACAGGAAGAACAAGAAAAAUCAACUGAAAAUAUAAAUAAAUCAGACAGUAAAGAUAAUGAUAAUAUUAUUAUUACCGAGUCUUCAUCAUUAGAGUCAUCGUCAAACAUUAUAGAUCAUCAUAACCAUGAUUCCACCCAAAUUAAUAACAAUGAUGAUACUGAUAAUGUUGAUAAUGAUAUCGAAAACUUAUUUCACGAUAUUCCUGCUGAUGAAUGGAAACCAAGCACAGAAACAGAUACAAAUAAAGUAGAAAUUGAAUCUACAGCUGAAACAAAAAUAACUGAAACAACAACAGUAGUUCACGAAAGUCAGAUAGAUAAUCAGAUACCAACAAUAACUCAAGACAGCUCUGAUAAUAAUUUAGAUAAAAACAAUAAAGAUAUGGACAAUCAACAAUCACAAGAUAUGAAUUGUAAUUCUGAUUCAAAUGAUACACUAAUUUUAACAAAAAAUAAUGAUGAGUUAUUAAAAUUAUCUAUUCAAGAUCAAGAACAACAAUCGCUGCAAUCAAUGCAGUUCCAGGAAUCAAUGGAUGUUGAUAGUGAUGAUAAUGAUACUGAAAUUGAACCAGAUCUUCAAGAAAAUAUAAAUAACGAAUAUUUAUUAAAAUUAAAUAAAAAAAAUCGACAAAGUGAUAUUGUUAAUCAAACAUCUGAUAAUAAAAUUUCUAAUAGUAAUGAUGAUAAUAAAAAUAAUGAUAAAUCAAUAUCUAAUUUUAUUUCAUCUUCAUGCUCAUUAUCAAAUAAUACUAACAAUGAUAGUUUAUCAGAGAAAAUUUCCUCGCCAAUUAAAAAAUCAGAUAAUUCUACUACAGCUGAAUUUUCAUCAAUGUCGUUGUCAUCAUCAUUGCUGCCAAUAACAUUUACUGAUGAUAAAAUAAAUAUCAGUAAAAAUAAAAAAUUAUUAAGAAAAUCACUCGAUUCAGCUAAAUUUAUAAUUUCUAAUGAUAAAAACAAAACACAAAAUAACAUAAAUAAAAAUUUAAAUUUUUCUUUUAAUGAUAAAUUAGUUGAAUCAAUUGUUGGUACUGAAAAUAUUAUUGAUACCAGUCAUAAUGAAAAAAAUAAUUCAUCAGUUAGUAAAUUAAUAAUAAUUAAUAAUAAAAGUAUAGUUUCAGUAGAUAAAAUAACAUCACCAUUAAAUAAAUCAAAUAAUAAUAAGCAACAACAUCAACACUCAUCCAAUGAUGAAGAUGAUGUAUUUUCUUCAAACUAUAAAUUUAACAAUAACAAUAAAAAUAAGUCAAAAUUUAAAAAAAAUUUUGAGAUUAAUUCUGAUUCAAAUGAUAAUUACGAAGAUGAUUAUAGUGAUAGUCUAAACAAUAAAAGUAUUGUUACUGCUCCAUCAGUUUUAUUAAAUGAUGAAGAAAGUUCUAGUAGUAUUGGGAACGAUAAUAACUGUUCUUCAAGUGAAAAUAAUGAUUCUGAUAUUGAUUCUGAUAUCGCACGUGAAUAUAAUUUUGAUGGAAAUAGCGUUUCUGAAUAUUCAGAUGAUAAUGUGAUUGGAGAUGAGUGUCGAGAAUCUGAAACAGAACUAUCAGAUGAUGAUGAUGAUGAUCAAGACGAUGAUAUGGCAAAUUUUAUCAACGAUGAUGAUGAAGAAGAAGACAGAGACGAAGACGAAAUUGAAAACGAAGAAGAUGAAGAUAAAUCAUCAAUGUUAUCGUUAUCCGAUGUUUCUAAUCCUGUUGCAGAUCACAAAACAGAGAGUGAAAUAGAAAAAGAUGAAAAUGAAUCUGAAUCUGAAUCUGAAGAAGAAAAUGAUGAAGAUGAUGAUGAUGAUGAUGAUGACGAUGAAGAAAAAGAAAAAGAAAAAAAAGAUAACGAUGGUGAUGUUGAUGAAAUAGAUGAACAAGAAGUAAAUUAUAAAUCUGGUUUAAGUAAAGUACAAAAAAUUUUGAAGUUCGAUUCUUAUAAUACGGAUUAUGAAAAUGAUAAAGAUAAACAUAAUAAAAUUUAUGAUUCAGUUGAUGAUACAUUAUCUAAAAAAUUAAAUAAUAAUUUUUCUUCAAAUACUAUAAAUAAGAAACUACUAACCACAGAAAGUAAAUCUUGCAAUAGUACACCAAUAAAUUCAAAAUUUUGUAUGGGUGUAUCAAAAUCGGCUGAUUCGAAAAUACAAAAAAAUAAAUCUAAAAAAAUAAUUAAUAAUAAAUUAGAUAACGAAAUAAAAUCGAUUGGUAGUUUAAAAAAAUUAAAAUCAACAAAUGAUACAAAUACUGUUAAAUCUUCAUCGUCAAAACCUCAUAAUAAAAGUAUGGAGAUAUUAAAUUUAACAGAUCAUGAUACAAUAUUGUUAAUGAAAGAAAAAUUAAAUGAGACUCUUCCAACACUUAAAUUACAACAUCAUGCCAAUAGAUUGUCAUUAGAAAAUAGUAAACUCGAUAUUAAUGAAACUAACAAAGAAAACACACUAAAGGCAAUAAAUAACGAAAUAAUUUUAUCAAAGAAGAAUAAAACUAAUAAAUCUUGUUCUGCAAUUACUGAUGAUCAAAAUUUUGUUAUUUAUCAAAAUGAAAUUAAAAAAUCGAAAAAAAAUAAAAAUCUUGAAUCGAUAACAAUGAUAACAACGAGCGAAUUUGAAAAAUCAUUUGAUGAAGAUGAAAAAACUAACGAUAAAAAAAAUUUAUCUACACUAGGAACAUCUGAUAAAAAAGUAGUUAAAUUAAAAGAUAAAAUUAAAAAAAAUAAAAAUACAAUAGAUAAUGACAAUAAUGAUUAUAAAAUAUUGUCAUCUGUUGUUGUUUCAUCAAAGAGAAUUGAAAAAAAUGAAGAAAAAGAAAAAAAAACAAAACAAAAUAUAGUAAAAAUUGAAUCAAAUAGUUGUCAUAAAUUUAAUGAAAAUAAAAAAGGUGAAAAAAAGUUAUCGCUGUUAUCAUCAACUAAUAAAAAUUUGACAUUGCCAUCAACAAAAAAUAAUUUAAAAAGACUUUCAGAUGAUGUUAUUGAAAAUUUACCUGAUAUUCAGCCACAAAAAAAAAUAAAGCUUUCUUCAACAACUUAUGAAAAAAUUGUUCCAACUAAAAAAAUGUUUGAUAGUAAACAUCCAAAACCUGAUAAUAUGAUAAUUGAAACCCAACAAGAAUUUUUACCAUCAAGUUCUAAUGGUGGUACAACAAAAUUUUCAGUUAUAAAUAUUAAUAAAUCUAAAAAACAGCAGUCUAAAAAAUCAGCAGCAGCAUAUUCAUUUCGUCAACGUAUAUUAGGAAGAAAUCCUCGUCAACCAAUUUCUGCGUAUCUUAUGUAUCAACAAAAAAAGAAAACUUUAUCAAAAGAUAAAUACUAGUUAUUGUUUUAAUAAUAUGCAUUCACUUUUAUCGAUUAUCAUUAUUAUUAUAUUUAAUUUUUUUUUUUUUUUAAAUCAAACAUACGUAAAUGUGAGGAUGAAAAUACCUUAAAGUCAUUCAUUAAAUUGAUUAAUUCAUUUUAGUUGUGUAUUAUCAUUAUUGAUAAUAAAAAAUUAUAUUUAUUACUUUUAUACUAUAUAAUAUAUAUUUUAUAAUUCACUUGAUAAAAUACGAAUUAGUCAAGAAAAUUACUUCAAAGAAUGUUUUUCAUUAAGAUAUAUCUUUACAAUUUUCAUAUUUUUUGUGUAAACA